ACUUCCCAAGGCACAGAGAACCGUUGAAGAUCGUCCUGGAAACAUCUUCGCUGCGCGCAACAAGAAAUAAUUUUGUGCUAUUUUACAUUUUGGAUCAGUCUCGCUUCACCUUUAAAUCGAAACAAGAAAAUCAUCGAUCGACAAACAAAAGUCAACGAGUUCAUCGCAAAUCACCGACAAUUUUUACAAAUUUGGAUACACCCAUUUUCGCAGAUCCCCAAAACAACAUAAAGAUGAAGCGACGACUUAGUACCUGGUUCCUUCUCGCCGCCAUUUUGAUCCAGAGCACCUACACUGACAAGGUACCGGAUUCUUCCGUCCUGCCUCUGGAACAUCGUGGUGUGGAUAUCAAUCCUAUUCCGCUAGGAGCAGCAUCAAGUGCCAAUAAACGCCAGAUUCCACUUCCACCGAACUACAUCCCAUCUGGGCCUGGACUGUUACCUCCACCAUCCGGCGGCCUUGCUAGUUACCCACCUCAGGGUAGUCCGAUUGGCCCAGCUUCUGAAGAUCAGUGGCCCAUUGGCCAGCCUAGCGAUCAACCGCAAAUUAAGAAUUUGCAAGUGCAGUGCGAGAAGACGCACAUGCGUGUCAACAUUGAAUUCGAUCGGCCUUUCUACGGAAUGAUCUUCUCCAAAGGACAUUACAGCGACUCCAACUGCGUUCACGUACGACCCGGAUCUGGCCAGCUUAGCGCUACGUUCGACGUUUACCUCAACAGCUGUGGCAUGACUUCAUCAGCCAACCAGGCUGCUGGUGGUGCCUACGGAGCUCCCUCACCUGCUGGAACUUUUGUUGAGAACACAAUCAUCAUCCAGUACGACCCACUUGUUCAGGAAGUCUGGGAUCAGGCCCGCCGUCUUCGUUGCACAUGGUACGAUUACUACGAAAAGUCGGUCACCUUCCGUCCAUUCGCCGUUGAUAUGCUCAACGCCGUCACGGCCAACUUCCUCGGUGAUAACCUUCAAUGCUGGAUGCAGAUCCAAGUUGGCAAAGGUCCCUGGGCUUCUGAAGUCAGCGGUAUCGUCAAGAUCGGUCAGACGAUGACGAUGGUGUUGGCCAUCAAGGAUGACGAGAACAAAUUCGACAUGUUGGUUCGCAACUGCGUGGCUCACGAUGGCCUCCGCGCCCCCAUCCAGUUGGUCGACCAAUACGGUUGCGUCACUCGACCAAAGAUUAUGUCACGUUUCCAGAAAGUCCGCAACUUUGGCCAGUCUGCUUCCGUUGUGUCUUAUGCUUACUUCCAGGCUUUCAAAUUCCCCGACUCCAUGAACGUUCACUUCCAGUGCGUCAUCCAAGUCUGCCGUAACCAAUGCCCUGAACCUAAAUGCGACGCUGGUGCUGGUGGUCUACCUGGUGAUCUCGGCUACGCUGCUUCAUCCUCCAAGGUCGUCGGAGUAGAUCCUCGUGUUCCAGGCGGCCCUGGAGGUGCUGCUCCUCCUCAAUCUCUCCCAGUGAACCGAGGUGGACCUCAACCCAACUACAAGAAUGUCAACCGUGCCGGUGAAGCUGACGAGUCCGAGUCUCGCCAGUUCUUGGGCAAACCUCGCAUGGUCUCUGCCAACGCUACCGAUGGCAUCCGUUCCAGACGCAGCGCUGAUGAACAGCCAACUAUCUUGCACGUCUACAAACGUGACGCUCAGGAUAUGACGGACGUGCCAACCACACGUUUCAUCCAGGUUGUCGCUCCAGGUGACGUCGCCUUCACCCUCAACCCCAACCAAAACGAAACUGUGGUCGUGCAGAACCUGACCGACAUGGAUGGCAACCACAUCUGCCUUUCUGUGCCCAGCUUCGUCGGUGGAUUGACCAUGUUGUUGCUGGUCCUCAUCAUCGCCUGUAUGGUGGCCGUCUUCCUCUUACUGCGCGUCCGCCAGUUUGACGGAAAGGGUAAAUCCAGCAGUUCUUUGGGAUCGCUGGCUCACAUCGAGCACCCAGAAUUCGUCAAAGUCUCCAACUGCAAAUAAGGGGGAAACAAAACACACACAAAAAAAGCCUGCCUCUAUUUCCUCGUUUAACUAUCAGUUAUUUUCGUCAUUUUUGUGUUUCGAAAUCCCUGGGGGACCAAGCUAUCGGGGAAUGUCUUAUUAGAGUAUUAAUUUAUUGAAUUAUGAUGUUUCCUCCAACAGUUAUUUUUCGUCAUGUAGGGAGCUGGCUACGGUGGGUGAUGAACGCCAUACUGAACGAUCACACUUUUUAAAACUUUUGAGAAAUGGUUCAAAAUUAUUAUAAUUUUUUUUUUUCCCAACAAAAAACAACAAAGAUAAUAGCUCAGUUUAGGAAUUCAGCAAGGGAAACCUCCAGUCACCUUUUUUUUUUGUCAUUUUCGUCAACGAGGGAUUCCAACAAAAGUCUUUUUAGCAUUGCACGAUCCGAUAUCGUGUCCUAAAUCUCAUCCACCCCUUUGACUGGUUUGAAAAUUCUCCUCAGAUGGUUACACCGUAUAUCAUCUUUAAUUUCCAUUUCUUUUAUUUUAUUUUCCAAAUAUUUUUUAAGAAUUAAUUUAAACAAAUCCCCCUCGUAAUAUAUCUGUCGUUCUGUCCUUUUAAUCCAACAUAGUAAUUUAAAAGAAGUUACACUUCUAGCAUUUGAAAUCGGAGAGGUAUUUUCUGAGGUGCAAAGGAACCGUCUUUGUGUGCGGGCACACUACACACGCACUCUCCACCGUCUUAUCCUUAUUUCUUUUAACAUUGGACAGGGCUUGUAAAUAACACACUUGCGGGAGAAGAACGACCUCCCUUAUAUUCCCCUCACAAAUAUUUAGAUUAACAUGACUUUCAUCCGUGUGCUCUCGUCAGCGUUUCUUUGACACUUUUAUUGACGUGUGAUACCGAGAGAUAAGUAUGACGAUGUGUAAUCCGUACGAAGCCCAUGUCAUUCUAUUGUAAUAAACAUUUCUGAUCUAA